ACUUGUAUGAUGAAACGUCCCUGCCACGUACGUAGGGGGGCAACUGCAAGAUUUGUUGCUUGUUCUGCACAUUUGUUAGAAACUUUGUCUAUUCGUCCUGCUGUUUGUCCGGAGAGUUAAGUGUGUCGGCAUGUUGCUGACUGUGCUGAGCUGGCUGUCUUCCUCCCUGCUGCUGUCUGUCAGCGGCGGGAAGCUGCCUGAAGCUGAGGUGCAGAUAGAAGUCAUGCACAGACCUUUUCUCUGUCACCGAAAAUCCAAGUAUGGAGACAUUCUGCUGGUGCAUCAUGAGGGAUAUUUAGAGAAUGGGACCAUGUUUCACUCCACUCGAGGCCAUGGUGACAAGCUGGCAGUGUGGUUUACACUUGGCAUCAAGGAAGUGAUCAGAGGCUGGGAUAAAGGCCUGCAGGACAUGUGCGCUGGAGAGAAGAGGAAGCUCAUCGUACCUCCAGCUCUGGCCUAUGGGAAGGAAGGGAAAGGUAAAAUCCCUCCUGAAAGCACCUUGACCUUCAUCAUCGAGGUGCUUGAGAUCAGAAACGGACCGAGGUCGCACGAGUCCUUCCAAGAGAUGGACCUCAAUGAUGACUGGAAGCUCUCCAGGAACGAGGUGAAAGAAUACCUGAAGAAGGAGUUUGAGCGUUACGGCUACCCUCCCAACGACACCCUGCACGAGAACAUGAUGAAAGAUAUUUUUGCCAGAGAAGAUAAGAACAACGAUGGCUUCAUAUCCUCCAGAGAGUUUACUUACAAACAUGAUGAACUUUAAAGCCACUUCCUGUCCUGCUACUCACUCACUCACUCAUCCAGUUUUCAUUGAUCUGUGGUGGAAACACUUUGACUUGUUUUGCGAGGAUUCUCUCAGGUUAACUGAACAUCUUAGCUUUACAGAAGAAUUGUGUUUGUGUGGCAAGUGACUCUUAAACCCAUCCUCUGUGAAGAUUUAUGUGGUGGGCUUUGAGACAAUUUUUGUUUAUCUGGCUCUUUUAGUGAUAUUUCACUUUAGCAGAUCUUUGCAUUUGUGUGUGUUAACUUCUACAGGAGCUCAUGAAUGGCAAACUGCCAGAUUUGCUCCUUUUGGGACCACGAUCCCCUUGACAUUUCUAACUUUAGAAAUUUAAAAACCUUUUAGCACAUUUACAUUCAAGAGAAUUAGACCAUGUAGCUUUUCAAGAAUAUGCUGACGUAACAGCAAAGGAAUGAAUGCCUGUACUGACAGCACAUCAUGUGGGCAGGUAGAGCAUUACUGUUGCUAAAUUUGGAGGUGAAAUUCCCCUUAAGUGAAAUUCAAUGUUUGUUUCCUUUACAAAAUGUUUAACUUUUAUAGGUGCAUUUGGAAAGAAAGCGAGUACUUUAUGGCAGACAUGGUGACUUGUCAAUGCGGGAAAAGCAGGUGUAAUUAAUAACAUAAUUUUGCUCUAUUUAAGUGCUCCCAGGAAGUCAGUAUGCAUAAAACUGAGGCUAUUAUUAGUGUUGUAAGUGACAGCUGUGUUUGAAAAGUCAAAAUGUCCAUGAGAAAGGAACACUGCACACGCAUACACUGAAAUAUGAAUGCUGAAAGGAUAUAUUGUUCAGCUAUAUCCCGCUACAUGAAGUGCAGUUUUAUUCUGAUGUUGAAUCCACUCACACAUUGACUAACAUUGAGUCUAAAGCUGGUCUUCUUACAUCUUAGACAAUUAAAAUUGUGGUAAUAAUGAACAAUUCUAUCUACAAGAUAUAAUCCAGAGAAGACUCAUCUGAAAGGACAAAAGAAAUGUUUUCAGAUAUUGUACACAUGUUUCAAACCAGAAAAUGUUCCCACAGUGCUGACUAGAAUCUCGACUGUCCUGUUUCUGUAACUUCGGGCUAGACUUCUUACAUGUAAAGACAUCAAGACUCAACUCAAUUAGCAAAUGACAGCUCUGUGCAGGGCAGAUUUGCAUAUUCAUUUCAAUCAUCUUAAAGUCAAUGUGAUCAAUAAAGUGACUACGUCAACUUUUUUAAAACAAAUUCAAAA